AUGGCCGGACCGUCGCUGGGUCAGGAGUGCUCGGCGGAGAAGAUGGAAAAUGCCAUCAUCGAUAUAGACUUAUCCCUGCCCAGAGGCGUCAGGGGCUCGGAGCCCGCGUACGCCCCGACGGCCGAGGCUUGUCUGCGCGCCUGCUGCGCGGGGCGGCAGCUCUCAGGAGACAAGGAGUGUAAUUUGAUGAUUUUUGAUGAUCGAAGGACAAGCACGCAGCCCAACUGCUACCUGUUCUACUGCCCUAGCACAGAGGCUUGUCCAAUGAAGCCUGCAACAGGACUUGUGAGCUACAAGAUAACCAGAGACACUCAUGCCUCAGAGGAUAUACCCUUCAAGAGUGAAGACUUUUCUUCAGAUGGAUAUUCUUUGUCUUCCAGUGCUGGAGCCUUUCUUUCUCACAGACAAACUGGCCACCAGAAUCAUGCUGCUGGUUUGCAGCAAUCUGUCUUUCAUCAGGCACCUGAACACCAGAGCCACGCUGGCAAGCAUCUAGGCAACACUCAAUUUCAUACAGUUUUUCCUGAAUCUCAAAGGGCAAAACAUCCUGAGAGCUUAGAUCCUAUCUCAGGGCAGAAAGUAACUAACCUGCUGCCAAAUGCAUCUUCUGCUGUUGGAAACCUCUCUGCUUUGUUCCCCACCACUCAGUCUAGUGUUCCUGAACCCAGCAGUACUACCUCUGCUCCUCUGUCUACAAGUACCACCCAACUGGAAUCUCAUACAACCUCUAUGUCUAUUGGUGGUGUUAAUCCUGCUGCUGUCACCACCACAGCAGCUACCUUUCCACCUCUUGUGACCACUAGAGCUAAACCUGGUGUCCCUGCCACCAGCAUCACUGUUACUCAUGUUCCUCUUUCCAGUCCCACUUCUGCUUUUACAACCAAGCAGGUGACCGUGAAUUCCAAAUCUGCUACUGUGCCAUCAGGGCUAAGAACUCCAGACAUCCCUCCUGAGCCAACAGUUAUCUCUUCCAACCACACCAGCCAGGUUACUCUCCUCUCUUUUUCAGGUUUCACUCUGUUUACUAAUGACUCCUCCAUGGCUUCCCAAAAUGACCCUGAGGGUUAUGACCCAUCUGAUUCAGAAAGCUACCUGCCAGGGAAUAUUCUGAGAGGAAAAGGUGUCAUUCAGCUGGCAGAAAAAAGCAGCCUUGUAGCAGCUUUGCUUUUUGGGAUAAUAUUCUUAUUGCUUGUUAUUGCCCUGACAGGGAAGAAAAUACAUGAAUCUCUUCAGAAGAGGCAUUAUACCAGGCUGGGUUACUUGAUUGAUGGAAUGUAUACUGAUGUGUGA